GUCCACUAGACUCAACUAUUUGACAGAUUUGUCGGUCUCUGACUUAACCUGAAAUUUAUUUAAUAUUGUUAAAUAAACCUUACAAAUAAAGAAUUCGAACUGGUUGUCCAUCAUGACUGUGAGCAAAGAGAUUUUUGUCGAUUUAGACGAAAAAUUCAAUAAGGUCCUUAAGUUGCUCGAAGACAGUAAAUACGACCCUGAAAAUCAACCCUAUGUAUCGAAAUACGCCGCUAGAGAGACAUUAUUAAGCAUGAAAGCGAGUUUAGAAAAUGUGAUACGAACUCAAUCAGUCUCUGACAAAAUUAAAAUCACAGCAAUGUUAGGGAGUGUUUAUCUAUAUCUGGGUAUCGUUUCAAUUGACACUGAGGAAUUACAAAGUGGGGAGGAGUAUUUGAUAAAGUGUCAAGAUUUAAUAAAAGAAUACACACAGGAGGCUCAAGUGGUGAUGGUAUCAUUGAACAUGUACAACCAGUUUGGAAUUUUAUGGUCGCAAAGGGACCCAGAAAAGUCGAAAACUUACCUUGAAGAGGCUGAAAAGUUGUACACAAUUUACAAGAAAUCAAAUGUACCACCAGUUGACAUAGUCGAUGUGUUUAAUCCAAAUUUCGAAGGAAACAACGUUGAAAUGGCUUGGAAGAAUUUUGAAAAAGUUUACACAUUCACGCUGUACUACUUGGCCCAAAUAUAUGGAGCUCUGAAAGAUGCUUUAAAAAGUGCAGUGUAUUGUCACAUCACCUUACAAAGACAGCUCGACAGUGGCGAUUAUGAGUCUAUAGACUGGGCCCUAAACGCCGCCACUUUGUCCCAAUUUCUCAUGGAACAAAACGGUUUCAAACAAGCAAGACACCACUUGGCUGCAAGUUCAUACAUUUUGGACCAGUAUGCCAAAACCCUGGAUGCUAUUACUGAAAGAAAUGAAGCUUUUGAUGCCAAAAUGGAAGUUUUCAAGCAUAGAUCGGCCGAUAUUGCACGAUGUUGGGCCAAAUACGGUUUACUUCUCUUAUCUAAAUCUAAGGAAAGAUUGUUAAAUCACACUGACGACAUUGACAAACAUUGCACGAUUUCAUCUGAUCUCAGUACUCUAACUCUUGACUCAGAUGCUAGUGUAACAACCGCUGAUUUGCAAAACUUACAAUUCACAUCUUUAGAUCUCACUCAUUACGAAAAUCAAAUUACUUAUAAGUUCAUUCUUACGAUCCAAGACGCGCGUCAUGUGUUUCUAAACAUCCAAAACUGGUUGCAAAAAGCCGAAGCUUACUAUACUUUAGAAACAUUAGCAUCUGAUCAUUUAGAAAUAGUGCAAGAUAAGAGCCAAAUGUAUCUAAAUUUGUUAUUUUUCGAAGAAAAUCCCGAAAAUCAAUCAAAGUUGCAUAAACGUAGGAUUGACUUGUUGGAAAACAUUAUUAAAAAAGUAAAUCCACAAUAUUAUCUUCAAUAUUGUCGCCAGAUUUGGUACGAGUUAGCGCAGACCUACUCCGAUAUACUCAAUAUCAAAUCUGACAAGCUUCGUGAGUCGAAAGAUAGACCUUCCCCGCAUAUUUUAGCCAAAAUCAACCACUUGAUUGAGAGAAGUAUUUAUAAUUUUACUUGUUUUAUUGAUUCGUUUAAAGAGGGUACCAAACAAGAGCUACCUGAAAAAAUUCCAAGUGAUUUUGAAAAAGCCUUUCUUCAGGCUUAUUUUCAUAUUGCUGCUUUAAAUAGCAGGUUUAUAACUUUAGACAAAAAUGUGCAGUUGCAAAAUGUUGAAAGUAGUUUUAAUAUGUAUAACAAAGUGCUUGAUUAUUGCAAAACUAACGAAAAAGCAGCGGAACUGAUUCCUAUGGAACUCAGUAUUUGCAAGGAAAUGGUUACUUUAUUACCAGUUAAAAUUACUAAAAUAAGACAGGAGAUUUCAUAAAAAUAUGUAAUCAGUUUUAAAAGUAAUGGGCUAUUUUUGACACAUUUGCUUUCAGUGUUUACAUAAAUGUAAAUCAUAUUUUAAGUAGGAUUAUCCAAAAGUUUGGAGAAAGAUACGUCGUAGUAACAAUGAAAAGUUGAUUACGUGUGAUUUUAUACUAUUUAUAUACUUAUUUGUACAAUAUCCACUAUGAAAAUAUUUAAUUUAUAAAUACUACCAAAAUAGUGGAAAAUUUUAAUAGGUACAAACUGUAAAUUCAUUGAUUUGUACUUCACUUUCCUUGUAUCAUCAAGUAUUGUUUGAAAUGAAUAAAUCUAAUUAGACGGCUUUUAGAGGCCUAAUUUUAUCUUUU